CGGUUAGUUCAAAUAAUAUACAUGUUAUACAUAUAACAUAUGUAUCCGAAAUUGUAUUAUUCCGUUACACAUUUUUCCUUAAUUGAUGACUCAUAAUUGAUUUUCUUUCCCCAUAAAACAAAGUGCGACUACUUAAGAUUAUCAACGUCCGACUUACGACUAUCUUGUGAAGUACAUUUAGAGUACACACGUUCAUUAUGUAUAUAAUAAAGGCUCUUGUCUAUUCAUCGUUAAAACUCUUCCUGUCUCUCCGGAAACUCCGGAUCGAGCUCGAGAAAAUCUCGCCCAUGUAAACAUAAAUAUGAGUAACAAUCUCCCCACAAGUGUGCUAACGUUGUGUGUGGAUCCAUCAUGAGCCAGGAUCAUUUGUCCGCAUUGAUCGAGAUCUCCAAAAAAUUGAAACUUCAACCGAAGGACGACAUAGAGUCGAUCAAGAACUCUUGGCUGAUGAAACCUCUUCGGAGGGCCUCGAGCAGUGACUUGCUAGAAGAAAUAACCGAAUAUGCAAUGCGAAGACGAGGCUCUCGGGACGUGAUUUCGGAUGGAUCCGAGGUGAUCCCCGCAGCUGUAAUGCGGAAGAAGUUCUCGUGCACUCGAGGGUCUCUUGCUGACGUCACGGAAUGUGUGGAAAGUGAGAAAAACACUACGAAUGAUCCGACCUUUGGAAUGUCACUAGAGCAGAAAUUGCAGUAUGUACUCAAAACCCUAAAUGAUAUUAGACAAGAGGACCAAAUAAUCGCCAAGAAAUUUCUCCACAUCUACGCAGAAAUCAAGAAGUCCAAAGUGAGGCAGUCAUGUAUGAUACACCAGGACAUGUUAGACGAAGUCUUCAUACGUGAGCACGAUAAUGUCAAGGUGCCACACAUGUGUGACGCUCCGGUCAACAAGAGAAGUAGUCAGGCUCUGAAGCAGUGCGGAGUCACGCGGAUGAAUAUCAAGUCCAAGCGAUUUUCAUGUUCCUAAGCGACAGGAAAUUACGUAUAUUACUCCCCCCCCCCCCAAAAAAAAAACCAAAACAAAACUGCCCGCUGCAAAGAAUGGCAUGGUUGAAUCACAGACACUCGACCUUGUAGGUACAGAUCGCAGAUUAUCGUCCAUUUUCAGCAAAGCUUGGAAAUACACCCCGGGUGUAAUAUACGGAUAUUAAAAUGCAAAAUGGAGUCGCUCUCCAUCAAUUAGAAGUUAGACAGUCAUGACUGUAUCGCCUGUAUACCCAUCCUAAGUUAUAUUAUUGAAUUUGAAAACGUUUAAAUCUAAUCUCAACAGAGUACAGGCUGUCCCAGAAUAUAUAUCUGAUUCCAUUUAAAAUUCGUAUAAAUUACAUUUUUAUUAUAUUUGGCCGAAAUCAAUUGUGACUCAAAUAAAAAGUAAAAUAGUUUAAUUUUUUUUUCCACAAAAAUGUUGGGGAGAAAAACUUUGUUCUUUGUAUAAUAAUGAAACAAAAUUGCCACAUAAAUCUGUGGUUGAAAUGAAUUUAAUCGAGGUGAAUUGGACAAGACAGUAGGCAUUUCCGUUGUCAAACUGUAUUAUUCAACACAGACGAAAUAUUUGUACGAAUUAUGAAAAAAGAAUAUUUUAGGGGAAAACUUCCCAACAUACGGCAUAUUUUUAAAUUCUGUGGAAUCAUUAGAUUAGGUUACCUCUCAACCACGAAUUAACAUCCUCCAAGAAUUAAUAAAUUAGGGUUAUAAAGUCAUAUUUCGUUUGGAGGGUAUAAGGAAAUACACGAAAUAACAUUCCCACAAACCUAUAAAAUUUCAGCAAUCCACGAAAAUUGGCCCCCACGAAUUUUAAUGAUUCCACAGUAUAGUGAGAACUUUGAAGAAAAGGAUCCGUGCAGUGGCUGUUGAGUAGAAUUUUACUCAUCGUCGUAUUGUUGUUAUUCAUUAAAAAAAAGUGUCAUUUGGAGCACUCUCAUUAAAUUUGUUGUGUUUUUAUAAACUCAAUUUAACAAAAACUUAUAAAUGUUCGUGAAAUUUGUUGAGUGAAAAUUUACAUCAUAUACAUGUACAUUUCUGAAAAUGCAUUUGAUAUUUUUUU